AUGAGUUUUAGACAUCUUUUACCAGUUAUAAUUAUUAGAACAGCACUAAUUAUACCAUUCUUUAUUUUAGGAUGUUUGUCAAUUGUAUUUACUCAAUGGACUGGAUUAAUCAUAUUUAAGAAUACAUCGGCAUACAAGGAAGCAUUAAUAAAUAAAACUAAAACUCAUUUUUUGAUUUUAAUUGGUUGGAUAACAUCAAUUGUUAAUCCAAGUAAAGUAGCCAUUACAUUAGAUAUUAAUUCUAUCCCUAAUGCUCAACAAUUCAAAGUGGAUGAUUCAAAUAAUUUACAUACUAUGUUCCAACCAAAUUCAAUAUUGAUAUCAAAUCAUCAAAUAUAUACUGAUUGGUUAUUUCUUUGGUUUUUAACUUAUACUUCCAAAAUGAGUGAUUUUGUAUUCAUUAUAUUAAAAGAUUUAUCUAAGAUACCAGUAUUAGGAUAUGGAAUGAAAAAUUUUAACUUUUUAUUUCUUUCUAGAAAAUGGGAAAAAGAUAAAAUUAUUUUAACUAAUCAAUUAUUGAAAAUAGAUGCAAAUGGUAGAGGUAAAGGACCUGCAAAUGGAUUUAAAUUAAUUGAUUCAACUGAAAAGAAUUAUAAAAAAUGGCCACAAGGUAACGAUUCUUCAAAAAUUUGGCCAUAUGAAUUACUUUUAUUUCCUGAAGGUACUGUUCCAUCAGAUAGAACAACUAAAAAAUCAGCAGAAUAUGUAUUAUCAAAAGGUUAUCCACCUUUAAAACAUGUAUUAUUGCCAAGAGUUAGAGGUUUAUAUUUAGCAUUACAAAAAUUAAGGGGAUCACUUGAAAUUGUUUAUGAUAUAACAACUGCAUAUUCAGGAUUAAAAGAAGAUGAAUAUGGUGAAAUACUUUUUUCAUUGAAACGUUUUUAUAUAAAAGGUUAUGGUCCACCUGUAAUAAAUUAUUAUAUUAAAGGUUUUAAAAUUGAUGAUAUCCCAUUAGGAGAUGAAAUUGUUGAUGAUAUAGAUGAUGCAAGUCCUGAAACUUUACAAAAGUUUGAAGAAUGGUUAUUAGAAAUAUGGUAUGAAAAAGAUAAAUUAAUGAAUAAUUUUUAUAAAACAGGUAAAUGGGGAGUAGAUUCAUCUAAUUCAAAAUUAAUAGUUGGAGAUUUUAAAAUGAGAAAUUCAUUUGAAAUAUUUAAGCCAUUUUUGGUUGUUUUAAGUGCUAUUUUAAUAAUUUAUUCUAUAAUAAGAAUAAUUCUUAGCUUAAUUUAA